GCGGGCGGAGGGAUACGGGCGAGGAGUCGGAGGCGCCGCCCUCCCUGCCUGCCUCCCUCCCCGGCGCGGCGAUUGGUCCCCGCCGCAGCUGCCCCGCUUCCUCGGCCGCCUGGCUCGCCCUGCUGGCUGCCGGAGGGGCUGAGUGGCCGCGGCGGCCUCGGAAGGGAGCAGAGCCGAGCAGAGCCGGAGCCGCCGAUGCGGAGCCCCGCGCGCCCGCCGCCCGAGCAGUGAGGAGCAGGAGGCCGCCCGGGGCCCGGCCGGAGCCCGCAGGGCUCCUGCUCUCUUUUUUAUGACUCCACAUCUGGAUUUAUACCGAGUGGAAUAUCAUGAACUGAAGAAAUUUACCCUCCUUUUUUUGCCUUCUUAAUUUUUUUCUACUUUUUUUCUUUUUAUUAAGAAAACUUUUUUUUUUGGAUGAUAACACUUUGAAUUUUUUUUUCCUUUUUAAUCUUUUUUGAAAUAAAAAUUGAGUCACCUCAUCUCGUGAGAAGAUGGGGAGGAAAAAGAUCCAGAUCCAGAGGAUUACGGAUGAAAGGAACCGGCAGGUGACGUUCACCAAGCGGAAGUUUGGGCUGAUGAAGAAGGCCUACGAGCUGAGCGUCCUGUGCGACUGCGAGAUCGCCCUCAUCAUCUUCAACCACUCCAACAAGCUCUUCCAGUAUGCCAGCACAGACAUGGACAAGGUGCUGCUGAAGUACACUGAGUACAACGAGCCCCACGAGAGCCGGACCAACGCAGACAUCAUCGAGGCGCUGAACAAGAAGCAUAGAGAGGGUGAGAGCCCCGACGGGGAGGACAUCUUUACUCUGACACCCCAGACUGAAGAAAAGUAUAAAAAGAUUGAUGAGGAGUUUGAUAAAAUGAUGCAGACUUACAGGCUCACAUCCUCCGUUCCUGCUCCCAACUUUGCCAUGCCUGUGACGGUGCCAGUGACCAACCAGAACGCCCUGCCCUUCAGCAACCCCGGGGGCUCCCUAGUGACCCCAUCGUUAGUGACUUCCUCCUUGACCGACCCCCGAUUGCUGUCCCCGCAGCAGCCGGCCCUCCAGCGCAACACCGUCUCCCCGGCGCUCCCGCAGAGGCCGGCCAGUGCAGGGGCGAUGCUCGGAGGGGAGCUUGGCAACACGAACGGAGCCUGUCCCAGCCCCGUGGGCAACGGCUACGUCAGCGCCAGGGCCUCCCCGAAUCUCCUCCCCGUCUCCAAUGGAAACAGCCUAGGCAAGGCCAUCCCGGCGAAGUCGCCCCCGCCGCCUCCCCAGCACAGCAACCCUCUGGCCACCAACAUCCGCAAGCCCGACCUCCGGGUCAUCACCUCCCAGGGCGGGAAAGGCCUCAUGCAGCACCUGACGGACGAUCAGUUGGAUCUGAACGCCCAAAGACUCAUGGUGUCUCAAGCCACACAUUCUUUGACCACGCCGGUUGUUUCGGUGGCCACACCCAGCCUGCUGACCCAGGGGCUGCCCUUCUCGGCAAUGCCCACGGCAUACAACACAGACUACCAGCUGAGCAGUGCGGAGCUCUCCUCCCUCCCGGCGUUCAGCUCGCCCACCAGCCUGUCUCUGGGCAGUCUCUCCGCCUGGCAGCCACAGCCACAACACCUGCAGCAGCCGCAGCAGAUCCCGGUCUCCCUCAGCAACUUAAUACAAGGAAGCCACCUGCCGCACGCUGCGACCACCGCCUCCAUCUCCGCCGCCACCUUGACCGUCAACACCAGCCCCAGCAUCAGCAUCAAGUCGGAGCCCGUCUCGCCCAGCCGGGAGCGCAACAGUGGCACCCCGCUCUCCUCCUCCUCCUUUCCCCAUCAGGCCCGCCACGAGCCCAGCGGACGCUCGCCCGUGGACAGUCUCAGCAGCAACGCCAGCUCCUAUGAGGGCCCCUCCGAGCGGGAGGACCCCUCCCGGGCCGACUUUGGCUCCUCCCUCGGGCUCCUGAGACCCAGCGCCGAGGGCGACGGGGAGAACCCCUCCAUCAAACGCAUGCGCUUGGAUGCCUGGGCCACGUAACUGCCCCCCCCACGUGGCCCCCUCUUUCCUGCAGGGGGCUCUCGGCUCCCCUCCCCCGCGGUUGUAUCGGAGGGAGGGCAGUGGAAAAGGAGGAGGGAGGUGGGAGGGAGGCAUGGGGAGGGGGAGGGGCUUAUUAUCAACUGCCUGAAAAAUAGCUUUAGGAUUUUGUAGGCAUCUGUUCUAGAACCUUAUGCAGUACAAAAAGGCCCCCCGAGGAUCUUCCAAGAACCAACCUCCCUCAGCGGCAGCCCCAUCUUGGUCUAGGGACUCGGGUGAUCACUGGCUCUGCGAGAGGGGCCGGGUGGAGAUGGGGUAGAGGUCUCCCUUCGGCUAUUUCUCAUCCUGAUUGAAAGAGGAGAGUGCCUUUGGGUAUCCAGGGGGCUGAGAGAGGAGAUGGGCCGUGGCCCAGCACAAUUUCCUCCCAAGCCAGGAGAGAAAGGGUUAAACCUGCCAGGGAAGCAGCUCUCCUGCUCCCUUGGGAGGUUAUUCAGGUCAAUGAAGGCUGGAGAAAUGCAAUAGCUUUUGAGGACGGGGGAGCUCUCUCAUCCAUUCUUUCCAAACUUUUGAUAAUCUGGGGCACAGGGUUUUUUCCCUUGGAUAAAAUACGGAGACACCCCCCCCCCACUCACACGAUCCAAAACCCUCAGGCGACCUUUCCCAGGUCCACGCUUGUCCUGCCCUUGUCAGCUGUGCUCAGGGGAAGGACUCUGGCUCCCUUCUGUGGGAGGGGCAGGGCAGGGCCCAUGUUGCACCGCAGCGCAAGAGAGCCUGUGGUGACUCUGUGCCCGGAGACAGCCGGGCAGCUGCCAUUUGGUGGAGGAGAGUUGGCAAGGCAAUUGGUCAGUGAUGCCAUUGUGGGGUGAGUCCCCCCCCCCAUUUACUGGAGGGAUGAAAGCUGCAGGAUUUGCUUGGGGAAGGGAAGGGGAGCCGCUGGGGCACCUUUUCACACACUGCAUGGUUCACACUAGAGAUGCUGCAGCUGUCAGAGCUUUUCCUGUGAUUUUCAAUCCCCUCCUUGCCCCCCUCUUGGUCCAAUGAAAGCGUCACUUGUUUUACUUCUGAGUUAGAUAAUUGAUCAGCUCCGUCCACAUAAACCCAGCAUGAAAAGGAGAAGCCGCCGUGUGGGAGAGGAAAGAGGGCGGAGCGCAGCUGAGCCUUCCUGGCCGGCCGGCCUGGACUCAGCCAGCAGCGACCAAGGACCUGCUGCUCCCGGGGAAAAGUAGAUGCUGCUAACACUGAGGGGGACAAAGGUUCUCGGCUCAUAAUCUGAAGCUCAGACUUAAGUGGAAACCAUACAAUAGGUGAAGGGGUUCUGGGACUUCCCUGCUCCAGGGGCCCAUGGCUGAGCCUCCCCCUGCCAAGCCCUUUCCUGGAGGCGCACCUCCCCCCUGCUGGCUCCUGGGCUACUUCUGAGUAGAUCCGGCUGGGAUUGUGCUGCCAACUCUUCCCCACUCUCGCUCUCUCGGGGCAAAGGGCCUGGCCCAAUUAAGUGGGGGGCAGCAGUGAGAGGGCCCCCUCCCCUUCUGUUUGCAAAACCCUGUGCCCCCCUGCGGGGAUUUAAGGAGGAAAGGGGAGUUCGUUUGUUUGCUCAGGAAUCUUGCAUUCUUCGUGGAAGGGCUGUUGGGAAGCUCCUAAGGGGGAAUCGCCAUCCCCAAAGGGCCAGGGAAGCAUCCAAUCUUGGUUUGUACAUCAUUGCUUUUGGUUCAUCUUGAUUUGCCUUCAUUUGUGGCCCCGGAGGCUUCUUUGGAUUCUGAUGGGGGCUGGUUGCAGGAUGGGAGCAAAGCCCUGUGGAGCUGCAGUGACCUUGGGGUUGUUUCUCCCAUUAGCCCUUCCCUCACUACCCCCAUUUCCAAUCCAGGCAUUGAAUUAAUUCCCUUUUGCCCUUAGCUCCCCAGCAGGAGGGCAGAGCUCUUCCCUCUGUUGAGGGCCAGGCUUGGCCUGGGAGCCCUGGGCACCAACAGGAGCUCCGAUGUCCAAAGCGGGUGGAGCAGAAGACGACCUCCCUUGGCUUUAAUGGAUGGUGGGUGAUGAGCUCCAGUCUGUCUGUCACACAAAGAGUGACUGAUCUGCUUCCCUGGGGAAGGCUGCGCCUGAGGCACAUGGCCUUUACGCAGGGCUUCUGGGGUGGGGUGGGGGGUGAGCCACAUUGCACUCUCCUUGGGUGCAGAAAACAGGUUUGGCCUCUUGGCUAACUGCCCGGAGCCUUGGGCCACCAGCAGGAGCCAGGACUGGCAGGGCAGGGGGGAGGGGGAGGCAGUACAUCCAAAGAAAGGGCUGCCUGGUCCAGCCUGUGGGUUGGUGGUUAGGGGCAUUUGAAGAAGCCCAGAAUUGUUCCUUCACUUCUGUCCAUCUGAGCUCUCUCUCUUUCUCUCUCUCUCUCUCACUCUCUCUCUCUCUCUCUCUCUCCUCCACCUCAUUUUUUGAAAGACAAGCAAAAGAAUGACAAUCUACAAAAUCAACCCCCUUGUUUGUAUUUCUAUAAAUAUAUUUCUUGAGAGCUUUUAAUUUUAUUUCUCGUGUUCAUCUGUACUGUUGACAGUUACAUUGUGUAUAAUUUUUUUAAUUUGAAAAAAAUGGCAUUUGUAUAGGGUUUUAGUUUUAAAAAGUUAUCUAUAUAUAUAAAUAUAAAUAUAUAUUAUAUAUUUUCCAUUUUUAAAAAGGGGUGUUGCAACGAAACAAAAUUGCACGAUUUAAAAUGACUUUAGUUGAAAAUGCUGCAGUUUUUAGAGAUGUGGGGAAAAUGGAGCUUAUUUAUUCUCAAAGGCUACAAAAAGUGUACAAUGCAUGAGAGAAAACAUUUACAAAAAAGACAAAAAAAGACAAAAAAGUGUAACCUGAACAAAGUGUAGCGUAAAAAAAAUUUAAACUACAAAAACGGCUAAUAUAUUGUGUUUGGCUUUUGGUUUUUAAAUGUUUCCUUUUUUUCUUUGAGAAUGAAAUACAAUAGUGUAUAUUUUCAUAUAAGAAGUAUGCACUGAUAUGUUUAGAAAAUGAUAUAUUACUUUCUAAAAGCCUGGUUACUUAACCAAAGUCUGUUUC